GAAUCCGGCCUACUCUUGGCUACUUACUACUCUGAACCUCGUUCAUCCGUGUAUCUGUUCGCAGAUUCCGAUGGACCUGACACCGAUUCCUUUAUAACCUUGUAUUCUCAUGCUACCGAAUACCAAAUAUCAUUGAACUUGGUUGGUGUGGGUAAUACGAUUUGCACGGAUCCAAAAAAUAAUGGUCAGUUCCCGGACUAUCUCCAGAGCCUCUCCUCUAUGACGUCUGGUUUUGUCUACAUGACGCCACAAGUGGAUAAGAUGCUGCCAUUCAUCUCGUCAUUCUACAAAUCUGGCCUAGCCUCUCGAGUGUACUUCGAAGAUUGCUCCAAGGGUGUUAGCUACUAUGUUCCAAUAGACUCGUCAACUGAGUCCUUCACAUUGGCAGUAGGUGACGCAAUCAUCACUAGCGUGGUCGUUACUCUCUACCGAUGGCUCGCCUGGUCUCUACAACAUGCUCUCAGUCCCGCUGAUCGAUGA